CAUUCUACGUUAGGGCAAGUUUAGUUGUUCACCUUGGUUAUUCAAGUUCUGUCACGAUUUUGCAAAACAGCUUUUCAGUAGUUACAUUUUUUUAACUUAGUUUUGCAACUGGUAUGCUAACAUCGUGUUGCAAAAAUAUAUAUAUUUAAUCAUGUUCCAACUCAUUCCACUUAGCGUACUAGGCGCGUUCUUGUUGCCAAACAUCCAGGCUUAUCCUCAACAACUAAAAACAGCGGUUACCACAGAAAACCUCUAUUUUGUUCUCUCCGCUACCAAUCUCCCUUUCAAAGACGUCAAUAAAGGUGUGGCUGACCCAUUUGCGAAAGUGUAUUACGGAAUUAUUCCUCAAAAUCUGAAGAAAAAUAAGUUCGAAGGUUUUGACAGAAUAGGAACAUCAGAAAAACUUAGCAGUGAUGCAAAUCCGAAAUGGAACACGGUUUUCAAACUGCCAUAUGAGAAGGGUUCUCAAAAAAAACUCUGGAUCGAAAUUCGUGACCACGACCCCAUCAACCCAGACGACUUGAUUGGGGACGCUUUCAUUACACCCGAGGAGUACCUUUCUCACGGUGGGAAGAUUACUGUGCCAAUCUGGGAUGCAAAAAAUGGGACUAAUGGAGGAUCUGUGAAAAUGGAAAAGACUGAACCAUUUUCUUUCGUCCUAGAAAUCAAGAAUGUACCACACCUUGACGAGUUUGACAGUUUUAGCGACCCGUAUGUGAAGUGUUACUUUCUUUCAGAUGGAGAAGAAGGAAAGGGAGUUAAAUUUUAUGAGACUCCUCCUCUCCAAAAUGUGGAACAUGGGGGAUGGGAAAUUCCAAUCCGAUUUGAUAAUUACAUGAAAGGAACUCGUCAGUCUCUCCGAUUCAAAGUCAAAGAUUCGGACGCCAUAACUAGCGACGAUGAUAUUGGUGAAGCAGUUAUGGAAAUUGACCAAUUUGUGGAAUCCAGAGCACCUCAUACCCUCUCGCUUUCCAACUCAAACAAUGCCAGUCUAAUUGUUCGGUAUUGGGAUGACAAGUAAUUUAGUAACAUGCCACACGUACUGUAGUCAUAUUAUCAAUGAAUAAAAGUUGUCGUUCUAAAACUGUGGGAGAAAAUAAACCAAAAAUUGUUCCGAAUUUAAAA